GGCGGUCCCCGCGUGCCGCCCCUCCGAGCGCCGCCGGUUCUUCUGGAGGGAGCCCGGGACCCCCGACGAUGGAGCGAGAGGAGGAGCCGUUUGGGGGGGACCCCCGGGACACGAGGCUGCGGGGGAUGCCCGACGCCUGCGGCACAGGAAAGGGCUGGGCUGGCGUGAAGCGUGAGAUCGUGGUGAAGAUGGAGCCGGAGGAUGAGUCCUACAUCGGGUGUCCCCGGGGCCUGGGUGUCCCCGGCAUCCCCGGCCACCCCAGCGCCGGCGUCAAACUGGAGGCGGUUGUCAAAAGCGAGCCCGAGGACGAGGCGUCCGGCGGUUACCGCCCCGGUUCCCAGGAGGGGGACGCGCCCCCCCGGCCCGCUGCCUGCGAUGCCAAGCCCGAGAUCAUCGUGAAGGUGGAGCCGGAGGAGGAGUCGUACAUCGGGUGCCCCCCGGGUCGGGAUGACUCCGGAGCUCCCGGCCAUCGCGGUGGCGCAGGUGAGCACCCAGGUUCCCCUGUGGUCAAGCCGGAGCCGGUCCCGCUGGCGGAGCAGGCGGAGGAGAUGGAUGCGCCGGGCUGCGCCGGCUCAGGUGGGUGCCAAGGCUGUCCUGCCCGUCCCUCUGCCUGCCCCCCGGCUCCCGGGGCUGUCCCGGGGUCCCCGCAGGGCGAGGGGCCGUCCGGAGCUGGGGGGGACCCUGGCUUUGCCCCCUUUGUCUUUCCAGUGGGGCUGGUGGUCCCCAAGGCGGAGGCGAUCCCCGAGGGUGACGGAGAGGAGCCGGGGGCUGCGGGGGAGCCGGGGAGCCUGGAGCACGGCUGCUCAGAGGACUGGCUGGUGAGGAAGGUGAAGGUGGAGGAGGAGUACGAGGACUGGCCGGCCGGCCCCGGCGCUGAAGCUCUGCUGGCGGGGCAGCCCCCGGCCGGCGCCUUCCCCCAUGCCACCGGCACGCUGGACUGCGUGGGCGCCUGCAAGCUGGAGCAGCCGUGCCUGGAGGAGCUGGGCUAUGGCGGGCUGCCUGCCUUCACCCUGCCGCCCCAGCCGCUGCUGGGCCAGAGCCCGGCCCCCCUGCACCCCGUGGCCUGCGCCCAGUGCGGGAAAGGCUUUGGGAAGAAGGCGCACCUGAGCCGGCACCUGCGGGUGCACACGGGCGAGCGGCGCUUCCCCUGCAGCCAGUGCGGCCGCCGCUUCCUCAAUAAAACCCACCUGGUAUGGCACCAGCGCACCCACACCGGCGAGCGCCCCUUCGCCUGCCCGCACUGCGCCCGCGGCUUCGCCCACAAGGAGCACCUGCUGCGGCACCUGCGGGUGCACACCGGCGAGCGCCCCUUCGCCUGCCAUCACUGCGGCCGCUGCUUCAGCUCCUGGCCCAAGGUCAUCGCCCACGCCAUGGCCCACGCCGGCAUCCGGCCCUUCGCCUGCGCCGAGUGCGGCCGGGGCUUCAGGCAGAAGUCCCACCUGGCCCGGCACCAGGCGGUGCACACGGGCACCCGGCCCCACGCCUGCACCCUGUGCCGCAAGCGCUUCGGCUCCAAGACCAGCCUGCUGCGGCACCAGGUGGUUCACACCGGCCCUCAGCCCUACAUCUGCACCCAGUGCGGCAAGAGCUUCAGCCGCAAAACUUACCUGCUGCGCCACGAGCGCAACCACACCACUGCCAGCACCGCCAGCACCGCCACCGCUGCACCCCGGCAGAGCUGGCCGAAUCCUGCCGCCCCGGCUACCGCCGCGCUCUGCCCUUCAGGGCCGGGGACUGUGUGCCGGGUCGUAGUGGGGACCCCGGCAGCUCCCAGCAAUGCUCGUGUGGUCUGCACCCUCCCCCGGGCUGCGGACCCUCCCCUGGGGCUCGCUGCCGGCUCCUGCCUGCUGGUGCCAGCCCUGCCCGUCGUCCCUCAGCCAGGCCCUCAGCUCAUCCUGCUGCCAGCCAGCUCCAGCACCGUUCUGCUGCUGCCCGCCGGAGACACGGCACGCGUCACGGAGAGCGGCAUCCAGGGGUGCCGGAAGCGACGUGGCCGGUGGCCGAUGGAAAACUCCGGCUCUGAAAUAGUCUUAAAAACCUCGCGGGGCCCCGCGGCGGCGGCGGAGCAGGUAGGGGCGGCGGACGGGCCGGCUCCUGCCCCGAGGCCACGGCGACGGCGGCCCAGCCCCGCCGAGCACCCGACCCGCGCCAUGAGGGAGAGCUUCGACAGCCUGGACACCAUGGGUUCCCCUGUGGUCAAGCCGGAGCCGGUCCCGCUGGCGGAGCAGGCGGAGGAGAUGGAUGCGCCGGGCUGCGCCGGCUCAGGUGGGUGCCAAGGCUGUCCUGCCCGUCCCUCUGCCUGCCCCCCGGCUCCCGGGGCUGUCCCGGGGUCCCCGCAGGGCGAGGGGCCGUCCGGAGCUGGGGGGGACCCUGGCUUUGCCCCCUUUGUCUUUCCAGUGGGGCUGGUGGUCCCCAAGGCGGAGGCGAUCCCCGAGGGUGACGGAGAGGAGCCGGGGGCUGCGGGGGAGCCGGGGAGCCUGGAGCACGGCUGCUCAGAGGACUGGCUGGUGAGGAAGGUGAAGGUGGAGGAGGAGUACGAGGACUGGCCGGCCGGCCCCGGCGCUGAAGCUCUGCUGGUGGGGCAGCCCCCGGCCGGCGCCUUCCCCCAUGCCGCCGGCACGCUGGACUGCGUGGGCGCCUGCAAGCUGGAGCAGCCGUGCCUGGAGGAGCUGGGCUAUGGCGGGCUGCCUGCCUUCACCCUGCCGCCCCAGCCGCUGCUGGGCCAGAGCCCGGCCAGUGCCAGCACCGGCGCUGGCAGCUGCGAGCGCUGCUUCCAGGCAUGGCUCAGCCUGCGGCUGCCGGCGGGUGAGAGCGAGCCCCAGCCCUGCGAGAGCUGCGGGACCUCGGCCCCCCUGCGCCCCUUCGCCUGCGGCCAGUGCGGGAAAGGCUUUGGGAAGAAGGCGCACCUGACCCGGCACCUGCGGGUGCACACGGGUGAGCGGCCCUUCCCCUGCGGCCAGUGCGGCCGCUGCUUCCGCCAGAAGAUUCACCUGCGCUCCCACCAGAAGACGCACACGGGCGAGCGCCCCUUCCCCUGCCCCGAGUGCGGUCGCUGCUUCCGCAAGAAAACCCACCUGGUACGGCACCAGCGCACCCACACCGGCGAGCGCCCCUUCCCCUGCGCCCGCUGCAGCCGCCGCUUCGCCCACAAGCAGCACCUCCUCCGGCACCAGCAGCUGCACACCGAGCCGGCGCCGGGGGAUGGGGACCAGGGGCUCCCCGCCGAGCAGAAACCCUUCCCCUGCCCCGAGUGCGGGAAGAGCUUCAGCUGGAAGAAGAACUUGGCGUCCCACCGCCGGCUGCACCGGGAGGGACGGCCCUUUGCCUGCGCCGAAUGCGGCCGUGGCUUCAGCGACAAGCGGCACCUGAUGGCGCAUCUGCGGGGGCACAUGGGGUUGAAGCCCUACGCCUGCCCCCACUGCGAGAAGACCUUCAGCCACAAGCCCAACCUGACCACGCACCAGCGCACCCACACCGGCGAGCGCCCCUUCGCCUGCCCGCACUGCGCCCGCGGCUUCGCCCACAAGGAGCACCUGCUGCGGCACCUGCGGGUGCACACCGGCGAGCGCCCCUUCGCCUGCCCCCAGUGCGGCCGCUGCUUCAGCUCCCGGCCCAACCUCAUCGCCCACGCUAAGGCGCACGCCGGCGCCCGGCCCUUCGCCUGCGAGCAGUGCGGCCGGGGCUUCAGCCGAAAGUCCCACCUGGUCCGGCACCAGGCGGUGCACACGGGCACCCGGCCCCACGCCUGCACCCUCUGUGGCAAGCGCUUCAGCUCCAAGACCAACCUGGCGCGGCACCAGGCGGUGCACACCGGCCACCGGCCCUACAUCUGCACCCAGUGCGGCAAAGGCUUCAGCCGCAAAACCCAUCUGCUGCGCCACGAGCGCACCCACGCCACCGCCAGCACCGCCAGCACCACCACCACCACCACCACCGCACCCCAGCAGAGCUGGCCGGCCUCCGCCGCUCCGGCCCCCGCCGCCCUCUGCCCCUGAGCACUGGGGGCUGAGCACCGGGACGUGCCGGGGGCCCCGGCGGCUCCCAGCAGUGCUCGUGUCCUCAACACCCUCCCCUGGGCUGCGGACCCUCCCUUGGGGCUCGCUGCCUGCUCCUGCCUGCAGAUCCCAGCUCUGCCCAUGGUC